UUGACGGUUCACGAGGCUAUCGACAUUCUCUCCGAGUUCCGCGGACCUAGGUGGAGAUUGAAUGCACAAGUACUCUGGAGCGGCAUGAGAGAAGAAGUGGCACAGGCAUGGGCAAAUCGGCACGGACUUCGCACUCUGACGAAAGCAAUGGGUCGCCUCAGAAAUCCUCGUCACGAUUCUUGCCUGAGACGACCGAAGUCGAACGCGGGAUGGACUGCUUACAUAAAGGGUGCCUCUGCGCUCUUCGCAUGGUGCAUUGCUCAAGAAGGGCAUGUCAUAAUCCUCACGCCACCACCAAACCAGCGGUUCCACCCGUCAAACCUCACGAGCUUUCAACGUAUCGAGGGCCCUGUUCUUGCAGGGUGCUACGGAGUGCCAUUGGUCAAGAGAAUCGAUAUAUGCCAUCCCCAGGUAGAUAACGCACACGAAUCGUCAUACCAAUUGUGGCUAAAAGACAGGGUUGGGUCUUGGCUUGCAGACUUC